AAACCGGAUUUGUCAGCGACGAGGAGCCAGCGUGGGGUCCGAAAACGACAGAGGUCCGAGAGGGCAGGGCGUGCAAGCAGCAGUACAGCAGCAGAGCAUGUAGCGCAACCUCCAGUGGAAAAUCAGAUGGUGGUUUCCCAUUCCCCUCAGCCCUCCACAGCACCCAUGAUGGUGGCGCCAUCCGUCACUGUGGCAGGACCAACAGAUGCUAUUGGCUCAUCCCAGCAAGAAUCGGCAGAAAUGGCACAAGGUACUAACAUUGGUGCUGAGUCUCAGUCUUUAAUGUUUGGCAAUAACUUUAGUCAACCUGUCAUUAACAAUUCAACCCAAAUAGAUUUAGGUUACCAUGUAGAUAAUGCAACCAAACAAAAAAUUGUCACUGGGGAAUACAUUAAUUUAGCCACCCUGCUUGUGCGUGAUGCUAAUAGGCUACAUCUAUCAACAUUGUCAAUGGACUCCCAAGGCCAAAUUAUAGCCCAGCCCAAACACAAUCAGAAUAACGUGCCCAGUAAAAGCAAUGCAGGAGUUUUUGCAAGUGCGCCCAAGCAUUACGGGGCCAUUAUUUUGUCAUUUUUCCGGGAAACCACUAACACGGUAUCAGUUUAGUGCGGUCCUAGCUAAGGUCUU